AAACGAUGUCAAUGUUAACAUUAAUUUUUAUUGUGCAGGCACGUGUGCACGACGAAUUGGACACAAUAUUUCAUGACAGCGACAGGGAGUGUACUUUCCAAGACACGAUAAAUAUGAAGUAUCUGGAUAGAGUUAUUUUGGAAAGAUUGAGGCUCUUUCUUGUAGCACCACUAUUCGGUAGGAAGCUUAAUAAGGACGUAAAAAUAGGGAACGUUCUAGCAAAGGAUGCUAUUAUUUUAAUAUUUCCAGUCGUGUCACAUCGCACAGAAAAAUAUUAUCCGAAUCCAUUAGUUUUUAAUCCGGACAAUUUCCUGCCGGAUAACAUGCGGCAGAGAAAUAGCUACGCUUACAUUCCCUUCAGCGCUGGUCCGAG